AUGAAGGAAGUCCCGGUGGUAGAUGUGUUCGACGGGACGGAUUUUAAUCCCGAACUAAUUCUGUCCAGCGUGUUUCUGGAUGCGAAUUUCGAUUUUGUUCCCUGCAUCGACGAGCUCGAUGAUAAUGUGGCUGCCGCGGAUCUAAUGCAACAAAUAGGAAGUUCGGCGUUUUACGACGAAUCAUCUACCAACAAUGCGGGAAGCAUUAGCAGGGCCGCCGAAGAACAUCAGCAAACUAUACACUCCCAUAUACAACAGCAGCAGCAGCAGCCACAACAACAUCUACAAUCACAACAGGCAACAACUACGACUUCAUCCCGACAACGGACAUUAGUUGAGAAUAAUCAACAGAAACUAAACAACGAGGUUUGCAACGAUCCGUUUGGUAAUGAUCUCGUGAAGCAGCUUACGGGGGCCGCCCUACCACCGUCGAUGGCACAAAUGAUUCAGCAGCAACAGCAGCUAAUUACACUAGUCCCGCAGACGCCGCUGCAGCAGCAACAGCCUUGCAAAUGUGAAUUCUGCGAGUAUCUUCAGGCGAACCGAAUUUCGCUCACCGGCGAUCACUCGUUUCAGUGCGAGUUUUGUGGGGAAGGAUUUUCCACCCAAAGUAGCUUCAACCGUCAUCGGUGUGGUAGCACGGACAUUCAGGUGUACCGCUGUGAUAGCUGCCGGCGCGAGUAUGGCAGUUCGCGAACAAUGUCCACCAUCAACACGUUCGAGCCGCGCGAUAAGUGCGAUAUUUGCAAUCGAAACUACGUGCAAUCGCUACCGGAAGAGCAAGUAUCCGGCGCUCCAGUGGCCAACUCAGCCACCGAUACCGGAUCGCUGGCAACGGGCAUCCCGUUGAUUGUGCCGCCGCAUGGCAUCGGUUCCAACAAACCAUGUAACGCGAUGCCUCUCGCGUCGAUCGCUUCACCGGCGGGAACUCUUGGAGAAAUGGCCAACGGUUGUUCCAGUGAUCUGGGUACGAUCGGUACUCGGCCUAUUCCGAGCGGCCCAACCGAACACGAUAUCAGCGCUAUCGAGUCCUUCGUUUCGGACAGUGAAUGCAUAGGUGAUUUCUGCGGCAACGAAUCUCUUUCCCUCGGUGUACCGGGCAUGACACACUACGCCAUGAAAACGAUGGAACUAGCGUCGAAUCGAACCAUGAACACGACUUCACUCCACCCGGAGCCAGCCAAAACAUACUUCGUGCUAGGAAACGUGGAGCUACAGCAAUUUCAGUCGGCAGCCAUGAGUCCACCCGCGGUCAACCCUGCCGCCGUGAACAACAUCAGCAAUACGAGCGGCAGCAUGUCUUCGAACGGUUUCUAUCGUCUUCAUGCAUCCCAACACACUUCCUAUCACCACCACCACCACCCGCAGCAGCAACCGGUGCUAGUUCCUAGUGUUCUCAACCAUCAGACGCCCAAAGAGCACGAAGUGACCAGCUUGCAGCAGUACGAUCAGUACGACGAUGAGGACUAUUCGACGAUGUCCGAAGAUGAAGCUAUUGUUCCAAUAGUAAAUAUGAUCACUUCCAGCGUGCCCCAGUUGCUAAUUGGUAUCUUUCAAUUACAGGAACCCUAUGCCAAGUCUCCGAAGCAAGAUCAGGCCAAAACGGAGCUACCGAUACAGGACACAAUAGUGGACACGAGCACGAAAGCCAGCAUCCCCGCGAAAACGUCUUUCCCGGGAGGUUUGGCGCAAGGACUGGAGCAGCAAGCCCAACUCAGAAUGCCGCUAGUCGUCCACUCCAACACUAUGUCCCCUGCGAACGAUGACGACGAGGGAAAAUGUGACUCCUCAUCCUCGGUGACGCAUUCUUCGUUUUGCAUCGGUUCCGAGUUCCACGAAGCGUCGUCAACGAAUAGGCCAAACAGCUACGCAUCGGUCGAUCGGCCGUACAAGUGUCACAUCUGCGAUCGGUCCUACCGUAAUCAGAAGAACCUGAAAUCGCAUCUGAAGGUCCACGAGGGCAUCCGGGCGUAUCAGUGCGAGAUUUGUGGCAAGAACUUUUCGGGCUCAAGCUACCUGGUGAUACACCGGCGCCGCCAUACCGGCGAGCGGCCGUUCAAGUGUACCACCUGUGGCAAGGCGUUCGUGGACUCGCGGGCCCUCGCGGUCCACACGCGGCUACACAGUGGCGAACGGUUGAAGUGUGAAAAAUGCGAGAAAACCUUCUCCAGCGUCAGCGCUCUGACGGUCCACAAUCGGCUGCAUACCGGCAUUCACCCGUACAAGUGUGAGAUCUGCAGUAAAACCUUUCCUCAGUACAACAACUUGAAGCACCACAUGAAGAAGCACGAAGCCGGGCUGGAAAAGUCUACUCCGGGCGGCAUCUGUACGAAUAGCACCAGCAGCAUCUCGUCGGUGGGCAGCGAUCCCGCGGCGGCAGCGGAACUGCUAGAGUCAGGCGUCGCGGGAACUGUGGCACCAUCAUCGACUGGCCAGAUGGUGCCCAGCUCGACCACCAACACGUUCGACUUUAAAUGCCAAAUCUGUAGCAAGCUGUACAAAUGCUCGUCCGAGCUGCAGGAGCACCUCCGGCAACACGGCCGCGAUCGGCCCAACCAGUGCGAGUUUUGUUCGAAAGUGUUCCCCCGAUCGUCCCAUCUAAUCAUCCACCGGCGCCGUCACACGGGUGAGCGGCCAUUCAAGUGUAAAUACUGUGACAAAGCUUUCGUAGACUCGCGGGCCCUCUCGGUGCACACGCGGCUGCACACGGGCGAGCGGGUAAAGUGCGAAAUCUGCGAGAAAACGUUCGCCAGCUCCAGCGGGCUGAUCGUGCAUCGCCGCAUUCACACCGGAGUCCACCCGUACAAGUGUGACUACUGCGAAAAGUCCUUCGCCCAAUCGACCGCUCUCAAGUACCACCUGAAGAAGCAUGACAUCGCGUCCCUGCCAACGACCACCACCACCACCACCACGGGUAUCGACGCCGCUGCCGCCAAAUCGUCGUCGAGACAAUCGAGUGCCAAUGAAGCAGCGCCCGCGAGCGGAAACGAUCGCUACAAGUGUUUGACGUGCGGCAAAGUGUUCCGAUCGUCCGAGUACCUGGUGCGCCACCGGCGAACGCACAGCGGCGAACGGCCCCAUCAGUGCGAGAUCUGCAGUAAGCACUUUUCCACCAUGAGCUACCUGGUGAUCCACCGUCGGCGCCACACGUCGGAACGGCCGUACAAAUGCACUUCCUGCGAGAAAGCGUUCGUGGAUUCGCGCGCACUUCAAGAACACGCCCGGCUGCAUACGGGCGAUCGGGUCAAGUGCGAAAUUUGCCAAAAAACAUACUCCAGCAUCAGCAAUCUGAUCGUACACCGGCGCAUCCACAGCGGCAUUCAUCCGUUCGAGUGCAGCAGCUGCGGCAAGUCGUUUGCCCAGAAGAACGCACUAAAGUAUCACUUGAAAAAGCACGUCAAGCUGAACGGACCGGAAGCGGAUGCGUUCGCCAACGAUACGAAGACGAGAAACGGCGAUGCCUCACCGAAGCCCCUCAAUGCGUUAUAA